CAAUACUUAUUUUUCUGAACAGGUAAAUCAAUACUCUAAAAAUAUAAAACUGUGCACAAUUAUUCAAGUAUAAAAGCAAUAGGGUCUUCCUGAUGACAAGCAGGAUUUUGGCGAAUUUUAUGAAAAGAUAAUAUGGAUUAAAUAUGAUGUGAAUCAUAAAGAUUGAUGGCAUUAUCAACUGAAAGUAUAGAGCAAACUACAGCACUAUGUCAACUUUGUGAAAUAGAACCUAAAAUAAAGUGGAAAUGUAGAGAAUGCAACCUGUUGAUGUGCCAAAGAUGUAAGGACAAAGUUCAUCCUAAAUUUCCAUCUGCUAGUAAUCAUGAUGUCAUUAAUAUAAAGGACAUUGGGAAAGAUGAAGAUGAUCUAGAAGCAGAACUUGUUUUCACAAAUCUGAAAUGUAAACUACAUUCAAAUCAAAACUGCUGUCUUUUUUGUAAUACCUGUCACGAAAUUGUUUGUCCCACUUGCUUUACCAAGAGCCAUAAAGUGCAUGAUUUGAUAGAAGUUAAAGAAGGUUAUUAUAAAAUAGUUGACAAACUAAAAGACGUUGAUAAAACAAUUGACAAACAGUUUAACAAUUCCAGCAUUAAUCAAGAAAAACUUAAUGUAGCAAAGUUUGUAGGGCCAAAAAAUUAUGCAAGUGCAACCAAAGAAAUUGAAAGUCAAGAAAUGGAAUUGCUAAAAGCCAUUAAAACAUAUAAGGACAAACUUUUGGCUGACCUAAGACAAACGUCCAGCAGUCUUUUCAUAUCUUUUGAAGAAGAAAGCAAACAAAUAAAAAGAACAAGAGAAACACUAAUGGAACAAAAGAAAAAGGUCAAUGAGGUUAUUCAGUCACAAGAUAUCCUAGAAAUAUUUGCUGCAUCAAAAGAUUUGGAAAAUAUAUCAGUACCAAAAGUUAAAGUAAUAAAUAACUUUGACUGUCCUCUGACAUUCAUCAGGGGAGAAAUAAAAUACCUUUCUAAAGUGUUUGGAUCAAUUGAAGAAAGUAAUGUGAAACCAAACCUAACGCAUAAUGUGAAACCACUUCUUAUAAAUUCUGAUUUUCUCUCAGAUUUGAAAAAUUUCAAAAUGAUGGCUCUUCCUGAUGGUACCUUGCUGGUUUAUGACUUACAAAAAAUUCUAAACCUUGAAAUUACAAAGAAACCUGUAUCUAUUAUAUCCACCAUUAAACCUGGAAGCUACUGCAUGGCAGUAAAUUCCUCUGGAGAUAUUCUGCUGGCUAAUGGUUCUCCAAAACUAAAACUUUUUUGCAAGGAUACAAAACAAAUUUUACCAACAGGUUUUGACAUUUCUUCAAUUGCUAUAACAGCUUUGCAUGUAUCACAAAAUAACGACAUUCUAGUAGCAGGUAUUUCCCAUGAGGCACCAAAACUUGUUGUCCUGAAUCAGACGGCAGAAGUAAAGAAAGAAUACCAGUUUGACAAUAUAAAUAAGAAACCACUGUUUACAAAAGUGACCUGUAUCACAAGUAAUCAUAAAAAUAGCAUAGCCAUAGUAGAUAUAACUUGUAAAAGUGGCAAUGGACACGUUCAUGUAAUAAGUCAAGACACCAACACUGACUCUGUUUACAAAGGGCAUUCUUUGAAAGUUCAAGGGAGUGAAUUUAAACCAUGUGAUAUAGUUAGCACAGCCUUAGAUAACUUUGUAGUAUUAGAUAAGGACAAUAAGUCAUUACAUAUACUUAACAAUGAGGGUCAGGCAAUCAUAGCCUUUCUUACUGACCAGUUGAUCACUGAAAGUCCUGAUGCUAUAUGUAUUAGUGGCAAUAGUCACUUAUACAUUGCAUGUCAUGCAAUUGAAACCCACCAUAAAACAUCAGUAUACACUGUAGACUUUUCUCGAUGGUAAUGUUAUAAGAAGGGGUGGAUGGGGGCACUGGCUGCCUUAAGAGGGGGCCUGCUCCAGUCAUGAUUCAGUGAU